AUGCAGACCGGCUCGGGCUUCCCUCCGCUGGGCAACCUGCCGCACUGGUCGCGCGUGGGGCAGCCGGAGCGGGGCGGCUGGAGCGGGGCGGCCGCCCCCCCGCAUCACCCGCCGCCGCCGGCCGCUGCCGCCUCGUCGGGCGCGGAGACCUGGAGGCGAGCCGCCGCCGACCUGGAGCGGAGCCUCAAGUUCCUGCAGCAGCAGCACGCCGAGACGCUGCAGAAGCUGCACCAGGAGAUCGACCUGCUCAAGCGGCAGAACCAGGAUCUUCACUACCAGCUCAUCAUGCACCCGGUGCUCCAGAAGACCGACUUUUUCUCCAGCACGUUGUCUGGUAAGUCACAUCGAAGGAGCAGUUCAAAGAGGAAGACAGCUUGCAGCUUGAAGAUAGCAGAAGAACAAAGAGAAAAAGAUCUUUUAGGUUCUGAAGAGCUGGAAAAGAAGCACAUAAAUGGUGAGUUCGCGAAGGACGAGGCGAGCAUGGAAGAGGCGAGUGCGGAAGAGGCGAGCGCGGAAGAGGCGAGCGCGGAGGAGGAGGUCGAUAGUGCAGUGCAGAAGGGAUCCAAGGUGCUCAGUCCACAGCCUGAGGAGUCGCCACCAGAGCUGCCCCCCCUGCUGCCCCCCAGAGACUCAGAAGUUUGUGACAGAAUGACAUCCCCGAUCCCUCCAAGUGUUCCCGCUGCCUCUUCCAACCCCUUCUUGGUGAACAUUCUCCCUUCCCAAAUGCGGAAGCCACCAACACUGGAGGAGUGCGAGGUGGUCAUUCGCCAGCUGUGGAACAUCAACCAUAUGCAGAUGCAAGAGCUGAUGUAUUUGAGGUCAUGUUUGGAAGAUAUCCACAAGACCAAAAGAAUUCCUGAAGAUUACAUGCUAGCUGGUCAGCUGGGAAGCCAGGAGACGACGCGAUUUCCCAGAGUGAAGAAUGUUCCCAAGAAAUGUAGGAUUCUAACACCACUGCCUGCGGCUGAAAGAGCUGUGCUACCAGCACUGAAGCAAACAUUAGGAAAUGCUUUUGCCGAGAGGCAGAAAAGAGCACAAGCUGUUCAGAGGAACAGGCUCCAUCGGACUGCGCUUUAGCAAAGAUGGUUCAAUUGGGCCCUUUCUGUACUGUCUCAGAAGCUGAGCGGGCCGUCGAUGAUCUCCGCUUUGCGUACCAGAAGAAUUUGCACUGUAUAUUGUUUCUGGCAUUCUUCCCCAUGUUUAUAAAAAAACCUUCAUAAUUAAC